AUGCAACGAAGACGUGUGCAACGUGGAAAUAAUGGGCAUAGUCAGGACGAUGGAACGUCUCGAAAGUUGUCGAAGAAACCGUCGGAAGAUAAAUGUGAUGAUAAGGAUAAGACGAAGAAGGGAACCAACAUUUUUAGGAAAUUGGGAUUUGUACUCCACGCCGACAAAGACAAAGUUCAAGACAAUGGAAGUACUUUGAAAAGGAGAAAACAAAAGAAGGGAACUGAACGGAAACGUCGACCGGCGCCUGUCUGGAAUCCUGAUAAGAAGGUUCAUUUCAAUAUUGAAAAGACUCAUGCCUCCAUUCCGCUAAAAGGCGAACCAAUAUCAGAUAUCCAGAAGAAAGUAUUUAUGAAAUUUGCAACGGAAGCUGUUAAAAAGAGUCCCCCUGAAUAUUCUAUGGAAUUCCUGACAAAGAUCAAACCGUAUCCCGGACAGCCGUUGGAGAGAAAGAUAUUCGAUGCGAAUCCGACGAAGAAUCGGUAUAAAGACGUCGUCUGCAAUGAUGUCACUCGUGUAAUUCUGAACGAUGGAUCCGACAACGACUACAUCCACGCGAACUACGUGAACGGUCUGAACACUCCAUUCAUCUUGAGUCAAGGCCCCACAGCUGCAACGAUUAUUGACUUCUGGAGAAUGGUUGUUCACACGAAAUCCGCGUACAUCGUGAUGCUCUGUGAAAUCACGGAAGACGGAAAACCCAAAUGUGCUCAGUAUUAUCCAGAGAAAGUUGGUGACUCAGUGACUUAUGGAGCAUGGACGAUUACGUGCACUCUGGAAGAUAGUCAAGAUGCAAACAUCAUAAAGAGAAGUUUGACGGUGAAAAAUGGAGAAAACGGGAAGGAACACAGUCUGCGACACUUGCAUACAAAAUCAUGGCCUGAUCGUUCCGUACCCAAAUCCACGAUGUGUCUUCUUCGAAUGCUCUAUUCAAUUCGUACCGCCCAGGGUCCUGUGAUUGUUCAUUGCUCGGCUGGAAUCGGAAGGACUGGAACAUUUGUGGCGAUCGAGGCGUGCCUUCAGAUUCUGACGGAUGGAAAGGAGUUGGAUUUGUUGGCGACGUGCAAGGCGUUGAGAAACAGUAGAGCUGGAAGUGUUCAAGUCGACAUACAGUACAUGACACUGGUGCAAAUAUUGUUGAAUUAUGGGAAGGAUAAUGGGUAUUGGGAGGAUGCGGAUUUGGAUGAUACCCGUGGACGUGUCGACCAUAUCCUCGCCACCCCGUCUACUCCAGCUCUCAAUCUUCCUCAAGGAAAUACUCAAGCUGUAACAACAACCACAACAACAACUACCACAGCACCUCCACCUCCACCGAAAGAAAAAGAACCCACAAUUCUCCAUUCUCCAGCUCAAAAAGCACAGGAAUGUAUGGAAAAAAUAUGUGAGAAGAUACUGAAACCAUUGAAAAAGGACAAGGAUCACCAGAAGGAUCAUCACAAGGAGCACAAGUCGCCGAAAGAGGAGCCGAAGGAGCAUCCACUCCCGAUAAUUGUGACGAAGUCAUCGACAGAAGAUGGAGAUGAUACGGAGGAGCAGAGAGGAGGAAAACACCAAAAACAAGAAACGAAGGAGAUGAAGGAAAUGGUUCAACCACCACAACCAGUGCAUAAGGAAGAUGAUAGUGUGAUGACUGGAACACCCGGUCUGCCUCCUCUACCAUCUCCCGUGUUGAAUCCGUCUCCGAAUGGAAGAAAAGAGAUGAAAAUAAAUACGGACAGUCGGGAUAGUUUGGAUAAAACUGUGAUUAGUCGAGAGUUUUUGGGGGAUAAUCGGUCGAAUGAGAAGCAGAAAGUGGAUUCGAAGGAGGCUGAUAUUAAGUUGAUGAAGAAGCUUUCUGCCAACUGCAGUCAAUACUUGUGA